AUGUCCAUGGCACCAUCAUCUCGGGCGUUUGUCAUGCGGAGUAUCAGUCCAUCUAGCGCUGAACUGAAAGGCAAGAGUGACAGUCACAGUCGUUUGCCAGGGCGACCAAAAGUCACAUUCACAUGUCUGGUAAACAAGCUCCGUCGCCUGCUUUGUUGUUUGUACUUUGUCGCCUACCUUGCGCUCUUUUCCCUUCUUCUUUCCUUCUUCCUCUUCCCACAUCCAUCUUCUCUCGAACCAUUCGUGACUGUACUGCUCAUACUAACCCCAUGCACAAUGGACAAACGCUUACGAAAAAAGGUUUCAAAGUAUUUCACAAGGUUCCUGCGAGACCGCUCCGCCGAACGUCCAAAGACCGCGCCGGCUGCGCCAGCUGGUGGUCGCGAGCGAUCGCCAGACAGACCGCCAAACCGCAUCGUCGUGAACCUGCCCGAAGUACCGUACCGCAGUAACUUGCCAAAUAUGCCUGGACCCUCUCGAGAGACUGCUACAGACAGUCUGGGCGGUGAAACAUCGACCUCAAGCAAUCCGUUCAGUGGUGAGACGCACGACAAGUCCGGCGCUGAACCCCGUGGAAAGGAGAUGGCCUCUACGCCCGUCGCAUCGGAACUUUUGGCAGAGGAGAAUAUGGGACUUGGUGGCCAGACUCGCGCCGCGGAUAACACUGUCACGCUCGGCCUUCGCUAUUCCGUAGACUUGACGGCAGCAAAUAAGCCGCGGGAGACGGGCAAGGCGAGACUCUUGAAGCCCAUCACUGUUGCGGCCAACUCUUACCAACACGCCAUCGCGUCCUCUACUCAAAGCUGCGAGAUUGGAUCAGUCACUCGGAGCGAUGGUACCUCUCUUCAGCCGAUUGGCAAGUGGGGCUGCUGCAAAUGCAAACGCAGUUACGACAUUUACUACUUCACCGACGGCGAGCAUCCUGUUAGUAUUCUGAACUGCGAAUGUACUCACCGGUCUUGCGGCAAGUGCUCGUUGGAAGGACAGAUGAAGGUCUUCCAGCCCAUGUGCGAGCCGGAAGUCGUCCAGCUCACCGAAGAUGACGCCAAACAGAUCCGCUUCGGUGUCUUCUGCGACGGUUGUGGUGUUUCGUGGAGGGCCGUCGAGGUCGUAGGGGAUACUGAAAAGAAGACAAUCAGGCAGCAGAUCUCAGGCUUACCCAAGCAUAUAAUCAAGCAUGCCAACCCGAUGAGAAAGCCCCGUCAAGAAGCUUCCAUGGCCGACUUGUCUCUUGCCGGACCCAGCGAGGGACCCAUGACCUUGUCGUCCAGUCUCAACCUGCGCGAGCUGUCCAACGAGAUGGAGGCCGAGGGACACGGCAAGCAGGCUGACCUCGCGACUGUCAGGUUCACCGGCAUCACCUGUCUCUGCGGCCUCGUCACUGACUCUACCUGUCUCUGCUUCCAGGUUGUCGACCCGCCCAAGGAUGUCUUCGUCGCCCAAUUCGAAGAACUCAUGGCGGCUCCGCGCAAGGUCGCUGGGUUUGGCACCACCCCCGAGGACCAGGCAAGGGGCCAUCAGACACCGACAUUAACCUUGAGAGAACGUAUUCAGCACCCGAACCCACUUAGGAGCUGCCCCGCGAUUGACGAGUAA